GAUUAACCAAAACCCACCAGAAAGUAAACAAAAAAAAAACAAGACACAAUAGUUCAUCAAAGAAACCAAUCAAACGAAUGAACACUUGAAAAAGAAACCUUUAUCAAUCUGCUCAAAACACUCAGCUUUAGCUUCACAAUCACAAGACAAGAAAUUAUCAAUUCGAUCAACUUAUCAUCCAAACUUGAGCAAUAGUCUCAUUCAUUCGAAUUCAGGAGACGAUGACAGACGUCUAUUCAGGAUAUAAUUACGAUACCUUUCCAUCUCAAAGUCAAACAGAUCAACAAAGAGAUCAAACAGAUCAACCCACCCAAGAUUAUGAUUUAGAUAAUUCCAAUUCAAUCACACAAGAAGAUUGUUGGCAAGUGAUUUCAGCGUUUUUUAAUGAACGAAAUUUAGUUAGUCAACAGAUUUCUUCAUUUGAUGGAUUUGUUAAUACGACCAUGCAAGAAUUAGUAGAUGAAACAGGUUCAUUGAUUUUAGAACAAUCAAUGCAAUAUACUGAUAAAGCUGGUGAUUUAACUAAACGAUAUGAAAUUAGUUUUGGUCAAAUUUAUUUAUCACGUCCUACCAUGACCGAAUCAGAUGGAACAGUUUCACCCAUGUUUCCAAACGAAGCUCGUCUACGAAAUCUGACAUAUUCUGCUCCAUUGUAUGUGGAUAUGAGUAAAUCGAAUAAAGUGGCAACGGGCGAAUUUGAUGAAGUCACGGGGGAACCGAUUUAUAUUUCGGAUGAUGAUGAUAAUCCAGAUAAAAAUUCAUCUCAAAUUUACAUUGGAAAGGUUCCUAUCAUGCUUCGUUCUGAGUUUUGUAUCUUGGAUAAACUUGAUGACCGAGGAUUGUAUGAUUUGAAUGAAUGUCCAUUUGAUCAGGGAGGAUACUUUGUGAUCAACGGAUCUGAAAAAGUCCUAAUCGCACAAGAACGUAUGGCAGCUAAUCAUGUCUAUGUAUUUGCUAAAGCAGCACCAUCACCGAUUUCGUUCCUUAGUGAAAUUAGAAGUGCAGUAGAAAAAGGUAGUAAGACAGUCAGUACGAUGCAAGUGAAGAUGUUUGGUGGUCAUAAAGCUGAAAAAGCUGGUGGAGGUGCAACGAUCAAAACUACUUUACCUUAUAUUCGUAACGAUAUUCCGAUCGUGGUGGUCUUCCGAGCCUUGGGUAUCAUUCCUGAUAAGGAUAUCCUUGAUCAUAUAUGUUAUGAUCGUAAUGAUAUCGAUAUGUUUGAGAUGUUGAAACCGUGUUUGGAAGAUUCCUUCCCUAUUCAAGAACAAGAGGUAGCACUUGAUUUUAUUGGUAGAAGAGGAACAGCCACCGGUCUAUCACGUGAAAAAAGAUUGAAAUAUGCAGAAGAGAUUCUACAAAAGGAAAUGUUACCACAUAUUUCAAUGUCUGAAGGACAACAAGGUAAAAAAGCGUAUUUCUUUGGUUAUAUGGUACAUAGAUUAUUAUUAGCUGCAUUAGAAAGACGAGAUUUAGAUGAUCGAGAUCAUUUUGGCAAGAAACGUUUGGAUCUUGCUGGACCAUUGUUGGCUGGAUUGUUUAGGAUGUUAUUUAGGAAAUUAACAAAGGAUGUUUAUAGACAUCUUCAAAAGUGUGUCGAGAUGCAAAAACCAUUCAAUUUGAACACUGCUGUUAAAUCCAACACGAUCACCAAUGGUUUGAAGUAUUCAUUAGCGACAGGUAAUUGGGGAGAUCAGAAAAAAGCUAUGCAAGCACGUGCAGGAGUUUCACAAGUAUUAAAUCGAUAUACCUUUGCAUCCACUUUAUCACAUCUUAGAAGAUGUAAUACACCUAUCGGACGAGAUGGAAAGAUUGCAAAACCUAGACAACUUCAUAAUUCACAUUGGGGUAUGGUAUGUCCAGCAGAAACACCUGAAGGUCAAGCAUGUGGUUUAGUUAAGAAUUUAGCAUUGAUGUCGUAUAUUUCAGUGGGUUCACCUUCAGCUCCGAUUGUAGAAUUUUUGGAAGAAUGGGGGAUGGAAAGUUUAGAUGAAUUUUCAGCUGAUAUGGCAACCGGGACCAAAGUCUUUGUGAAUGGAGUAUGGCAAGGUGUACAUCGUUCACCAGCCGAGCUUUUGGAUACGAUUAAACGAUUAAGAAGAUGUGGUGAUAUCGAACCUGAAGUUUCAGUUGUAAGAGAUGUACGAGAAAGAGAAUUAAGAGUGUUUACAGAUGGAGGACGAGUUUGUAGACCAUUAUUUAUUGUUGAAAAUCAACAAUUGUUAUUAACAAAAGAUCACGUGGAAUGGUUAAGUAAUGGGUAUGUAACAGGGACUGAAGAUCCGAAUGGGAUCGUACCAGAAGAUGAAGGACAACCUUUCGGAUGGAGUCAAUUAGUAGCCAAAGGAAUCGUAGAAUAUUUAGAUGCAGAAGAAGAAGAAACUGUGAUGAUUUGUAUGACACCUGAAGAUUUAGAACAAUCUAGAGAAUAUCAAGAAACCGGUCAAGUACCAAAAGAAGUCUUUGAUCCUGCUGCUAGAUUGAAAGGAAACACUAGUAUGUAUUCACAUACUUGGACUCAUUGUGAAAUUCAUCCUGCUAUGAUUUUAGGAAUCUGUGCUUCGAUUAUCCCUUUCCCUGAUCAUAACCAGUCGCCUCGUAAUACAUAUCAGUCAGCCAUGGGUAAACAAGCUAUGGGUGUUUAUUUAACCAAUUUCAGAAUGAGAAUGGAUACGAUGGCGAAUAUAUUAUAUUAUCCACAAAAACCAUUAGCAACCACUAGAUCGAUGGAAUAUUUAAGAUUCCGAGAAUUACCAGCUGGACAAAAUGCGAUUGUAGCGAUUCUUUGUUAUUCAGGUUAUAAUCAAGAAGAUUCAGUGAUCAUGAAUCAAUCUUCAAUCGACAGAGGACUUUUUAGAUCAUUUUAUUAUAGAUCGUAUAUGGAUCAAGAAAAGAAAGCAGGUGCAUUACAAAUGGAAGAAUUUGAAAAACCAUCUAGAGAGAAUACUUUAAGAUUGAAACAUGGUACAUAUGAAAAACUUGAUGACGAUGGGAUCAUCACACCUGGCACUCGAGUUUCUGGUGAUGAUAUCAUAAUUGGUAAAACUGCGCCUAUUCCACCUGAUAGUGAAGAAUUAGGACAAAGAAUGAAAACUCAUACUAAACGAGAUGUUUCGAUGCCAUUGAAAUCAACUGAAAAUGGAAUCAUAGAUCAAGUCUUAAUUACGACUAAUCAAGAUGGAUUAAAGUUUGUCAAAGUUAGAAUCAGAUCUACAAGAAUUCCAGAAACAGGAGAUAAGUUUGCAUCUAGACAUGGACAGAAAGGUACAGUAGGAAUCUUAUAUAGACAAGAAGAUAUGCCAUUCACAUCCGAAGGAAUUUGUCCCGAUAUUAUUAUUAAUCCUCAUGCGAUUCCAUCUAGAAUGACCAUUGGGCAUUUAGUUGAAUGUUUAUUAAGUAAAGUUUCAACUAUAACUGGAAAUGAAGGUGAUGCCACUCCAUUUAGUGAAGUGACAGUAGAAGCGAUCUCAUCUUUACUUAAAGACAAUGGAUAUCAAUCUAGAGGUUUAGAAAUCAUGUAUAAUGGUCAUACAGGUCGAAAACUUAGAGCUCAAUGUUAUCUGGGUCCUACUUAUUAUCAAAGAUUGAAACAUAUGGUGAAUGAUAAAAUUCAUUCUAGAGCUAGAGGUCCUGUACAAAUCUUAACAAGACAACCCGUUGAAGGUAGAAGUAGAGAUGGUGGACUUCGAUUUGGUGAAAUGGAGAGAGAUUGUAUGAUCUCUCAUGGAAUUGCCGGGUUUUUGAAAGAAAGAAUGUUUGAUGUGAGCGAUGCUUAUAGAGUGCACGUUUGUGAUAUAUGUGGGAUGGUAGCUAUUGCGAAUUUGAAAAAACAAUCAUUUGAAUGUAGAGCUUGUAGAAAUAAAACAGCGAUUUCUCAAGUUUAUAUUCCUUAUGCUGCUAAAUUAUUAUUUCAAGAAUUACAAUCUAUGAAUAUAGCUAGUAGGUUUGUAUUUGAAAGUGCAGGUGAAAAUAUAGUACGUGGAGAUAUGGUAAUUUAAUUUGAAUUUCUUUUUUUGAUAAAUGUAAGACAAAAGACCAAAAAAAUACCAAAAAAUAAAAAGAGAUGCGUGUUUGUGUGUGUUAGUUAAUUAGUUCUUUGGUAGUGUGUGUAAGAUGAUGUUUCAAUUUGUUAGUAAUCUUUUUUUUUCAUCAAAUAAAGAAGUUUUUAGUCAAUAGGUUGUAUAAAAACAAAAAAUAAAUG